AUGCCAAAAUUUUCCAAUAGUUUUACUACUGUUAACAAGGAAGAAUUUAAGUGGCAUUCUGUGAAACAUAUUGAUCGGAGGCAAUUCAAAAACGUUUGCAAAAAUUCCUUCGAAAAACUAGGUCACAAAACAAAAUUUGUGUCAAAGGGUUUAUGCUCUAAAACAAGUAUUACCCACGAGAAUAAAGUCCUUGGCUCAGGCUUUUUCGAAAAGUUGACUGGAGAGACAUUUAUUGAGCAGGAUCAAGACAAAUAUUUCCACUUAUCCUCUUCUUUGGAGGGUCAAAGGAAUAAGUUGAAGAACAAAAUUAAAAAAUUAAGUGUAUACUUUUCCUUAGAUUCAAACUCCGAAGAGGAGUCUAACUAUAAUAGACCUUCAGAUUCGGAAAGUAAUUGCUAUAAUGAAUCGUAUAGUUCUCAGGAAACCUUAAAAAACGAGACAGCAAUAAGUACAGAACAAAAAUCUCCAGUUUCGUUAGAUAGGAGUAAAAGGGACUCCAAUGAUCAAGAGAAACAAGAAGACCCAAAAUGCCAAGGGACGGAAGAAGAUUCAAAGUUUCAAGGUGCAAUUGAAGAAGCAACUUUUUCUCAAGAGAAAAAAGAUGCCUCAGACCAUAAACAAGAAUAUUCAGCAUAUAAUAACAUAAACGAAGAUGUAUUGGAAGGCUUACAAGUGAAGAAAGAAAGUAAAUCACUAAAUUCGCCAGGAGAAGUUCCUGAUAUGUUUCAAAGCAGGCGAAAGCCAUCAGUGCCAGUGAAAAGUCUAGUUAAUGAUGUAUUGAACUAUUUAGAUGGCUUAGAAGCACAAUCAGAAGAAGUAUCGAGAGAAUUCCGUAUAAUAUCUACAGACGAUAAUGGGUUUAUGAAACAGCCCGAUUUCUUUAAAGAUGAGCCUGGGCUACAAGGAGUAACUUCGCGUACUUGCUUUGAAACAAGAAAUAGUUACGCUGCUUUAAACAAAGGCCAAAAAAUUCAGUUAAUGAAAAAUAAUAAGGUUUGUGCCUUUACAAAAUAUUCGAAAACAUCGACAUCAAACGCUAUAUACAUCCAUAAAAAUGAGAUUAGUCAUGUGGAAUCUUUAUUGAACAAACUUCAAGGUUUUCCAGAAGAUGAUUCGUUAAAUUCUGGCCUUAACACCGGGGAGCCUGAAUAUUCCAAUAUAUAUGAAUAUUACAAGUUUAAGCUCUUAAGUCACUCUCUUUCUUAUCUAAGAAGAAAGUCCACUACUAGCGACGAUCCAUUUUAUAAGUAUGAGUACAAAAAAAGAGUUCUUAGAAGACAUUGCUUAGUGACUAAUCCAAUGUAUUAA